GCGCGCGCGCGGACUCCCUCCGCGUGUCAUCCGCUCGCGCUGACGUCACGUCACACUCGGGAUCCGCUACAAUGUCAAACAUCCACACGAAGCAGCGGCGCGAGCUCAUGGCUCCUUCAUCUUCCUCUUCUUCCUCGCGCUACAAUGAGCGUCGGCGGCGCGUGCUGCUCCUCAUCCUUUAAGACACUCGGAUCCAUGUUCCCGCACAGGAUGCGUUAAAGCUCAGACGUCAUGAUGCUACAGAGAGAAUCUGACUCCCGCCGCCUCUUCUCCUCCGGAGAGACGUUCGCCAACGACUGCGAGGUGAACUUAUCGAUUUCUGUUCAGAUGGGGGCGAGCUGUGUCGAGGUGGAUGUGGUGUGUCUGUGCGAGGCCGGUCCCUGUACGCUUUACCCAGAAGCACACACGCCGCCCACGGCGGACACACUGCUGUGUGAACACUGUGGAAAGAGCCGAGCGACGGUAACCAGGUUCUCUGAGGGAUACGGCACAGAGGAAGAGUGUUUGUUAUCGGAUCCUCAGGGGGAGAGUGACGCAGAUGCAGAUAUAGAGGAUACAGACUGCAGACUCCACGAGCCUGGCUCUCUGCAGCGGAUCAGCUCGCGGCGGCGCAAGCGGCCACGGGUGGCGCGGCAGGACACGACGGAGAGCGAGGACGACGGCGGGAGGAGCCACACGUCCCAUCGCUGGAACCUGAGGCUGAGUCCUGACAGAGCACACAGCAGGACAAUCCUGGAGGAGAGCAUAUCACAGGUCAGGCCGUUGAUCAUCUGCCGGCCAAACGCAGAGAGGCAGAAGAGCGAAGGGGAACUUCAGCGAGGCUCCAAACUGACGUCCCUGUGGCCGCCAUCGCUCUCUCUUCCUCUCAUCCUCCUCCUCCUCCUCUCUCUGCUGCUCUCCCUCUCCCUCAUCAUCAUCCUCGUCCUGUCUUUCCUCCUGCCGUCCUGGGCCAGCGCUUGACCCCAAAAUUCAAUGAGAAACACACCCACAGUUUAUUUCUUCCUAAAGAAAGUGGCAUCGAGAUUAAAAUCUUUUACAGGUAAGACAUAGCUGCGACGCGAGAAGAUGAAGAACAAAGCACAAGGCAGCAAUAAUACUUCAUUCAUUUAUCUAUUAAUUAGUGGCUACUCCUACUUCUAUGUUUUUAAAAAAAAGAUCUGGACCGGAGUAAGAGACAUAGGACACUUUAAACUUAGGCCUCGUAAGAAGCCAACGCAAGGACGUGAAUAAACGCGAAUGUUCAAAAAAAGUCGUUCAAGUUACAAUAUUUGAAUUUGAGUAUGUGGACACCCAAAGCGAGCGAGAACGGCGGUUAGCCACCAGGGGGCGACUCCACCGGUUUCAAUAAGAGCUCUGUUUGAAAUGGAGGUCUAAGUUCCACUUAGGGUUAUAGCACAUAUGAGUAGUGAGGUGGUGUUGUCCAAUAGAAAUCUGGUUUUAGGUGACUAAAACCAGAUUUCUUGCCAGGAGAUCGGCCUCCCAUGUCCUUCAGUUCUUUGAGCGAGCAGUUGUAGAUGCGUGGGUCCCAGAGGACCUUCGAACAGAAACUCAAGUUGCCAUGUACGUGCACAAGAGUGCGCCACCAACUGGAGGAUUUCGAGUUCGGCUUCGUACCUGAGUUCAUUCCAGAACCAGGGACUGGAGUAAGAAAUGCUCAAUUUAAGGCACCGUAAGGCACUUUAAACCGAAGCCGACUGUGAGACUUCGCGACAUCGGCGAGAAAUCGCCACUGGGCAGCGCGGAUUCUCUAAAUGUGGGAAAAGAUUUGAAGAAUUAGAGCCAAAUACGACAUUUUCAGACCUCGGUGUAAUUAUAGCUUCUUUUUUUUCUUCAUAUUAAACCACAAUUCAGACGGAUUUUAAACUUCUCGAUGCGUGUAAGCUCUGUAAAUUUACAUCCACAGUGUUUCCAUAAUGAGCCUCAACUCGUCGAAUCUCACCUUCCGUCACACUUCCUCACCCCCACGUUUGUAUAAAUAGACCUCUCAUCUCGCUCCUUUUUAUAAACGAGCGACGCGUGGAGGUGGAGAAUGUUUCAGAGCCGCGCAGGUACACUCACCACAACCCCACAGCAGCACUCAAUAUGAAAACACGAUACCACCCAACUAUGCAACUCCUCUGCUCCUACUGUCUCCCGUGUCCUUGGCACUGUCGCCACCUUCUUGGCCACUAUUCUCUCUCAUGAAUUUACUUCACAAAUGCAGGGACUUCUAAAAUAGAGCAUGACCCAAUUAGAAAAAGCAAUAGCAGGAGGGAUGUGAUAUGGAGCCUGUGGUGUUAGAUCUACCGUGCAUCUGCUACCCGGUGGAUCCGCUGUAGUUUUUAGUCAAACACUGGCUCCCAGUCUUACACGUUGUGCUUGUGUUUUUAGCGGCACGUCCGUGUUUACGGAUUAUAAUUUGAGAAGAGGCUUGACAAUCAGUCAUGUAACUUUAAAAUACAAACAAAUGUCCCGUUACAUUCAAACCACAGUCAAAUACGUCUCACCAGCUCUCUGUUUCUCAGUAUGGCGGGGUUUAGCUCUCGUGUCGCCCGGCUACACAGGAGGCGAGUUGUUUACUGUUAAGACAGACGGCGGCAACAGAAACACUGUGUUAGCAAAGCAAGACGCGUUCUACUGCAGUCACAGACACUCCCUCGUUCAGGUCUGAUAGUUUUGCCUGACAGAGACAGCAAUACAAGCAUUCUUACGUCGAUAAUAGUAUAAAAACAUCAACAACAAAGCUCAAUGAAAGUCAGGCACUGCAGCUUUAAGUUAAAAUAACCCUAAAAAGCCAUUUCCUCGUACUUUAGAAACAACCACAGCCAUGCUCAUUUCUAAAAUGAACACCAUUGAAAUAAUUGGGUUAAUGUUCAGGAAUGUUUUUCUUUUCCCUUUCGUUUCGUUGUUUUAUUUCCACGUGUGUGUGUGUUUUUGUUCGCCUCUGUUUCAUGAAAGUUCAAUAAAACUAGAUUGUAUUUUGACAAAA